AUGUUUCAAGAUGCAAGCAACAAUGAAAGUACAAAGAAAGAGGAGAAUGACGGGACUCUUUCGGUAGACGGCCUACCUUCCAUACUUAAUCCUGAAUCGCCACUGCCGUCUCUCCAGAUUCGCACCGACCUACCUAGUAUUCGACCAUCCAGUUCGCGAGACUCCGAUCCUUAUGCUUCGUCUAGUUUGUCUGGAAGUUAUCCACGUCGUACCCCGAGUCUUCGUGCCCUCUUCGCACCACCGAUACACAGUGCGGGUUCCUUGUCGCCGGCAUCCUUCAUGUCCUCGCCCCAAUUGAAUGCGAUGGGUGACAUAACUCCAUUGCCGUCGCCAAUUGGAGGCGCCUCGCCGUGGCGGAGGGCUGAUGUUCCGUCAUUAUCUCGUUCCUCAUCGAUCGCAUCGCGCAACGGUUCCAGUCUUCGCUCGAGCGAUUCGUCACAGAUGCUUGGGCCACCUGCCACACCCCGUUCGCGCGCCAAACCAUACACCGGCAUCGAUGGCCAGGGGGAAGGGUCAUCCGUGAACAAUCGGAAUCGUCACGACUCGCCCUCGAAGUAUUCUCAUUCCCGGAACCGCAGUCUGAGUGACUAUGCGCCACCCGGCCGGGUUUCUGUUCCUCCCCGUCCGAUUGCAGUGUCAGGGAACACCGGGCUUGGCAUUGCCUCCUCGUCGAGUAUAGACUCGAAGUCUAAUGGACUUCAUCGCGAACAAUAUCUCGCUGUCCACCGAGGUAUCACGUUGCCGACUGUUCGUCCCCCUAGCCCGCCUCGUAGCAGCGGCGGUGGAUAUAGUGACAAUGAACCUGUCAUCUGUCACCCUGCCCCUCUCUCCACACCCCAGGAGAUAUAUUCUGUCCGGUCCGUCCGCACAGAGCAGGCACGUAUUUACCAGAAAGUCCGGAUAUUGGGCCAGGGCACGUUCAGUCAGGUCAGUCUGGCAGCACGCGUGGAACCUAUCCCCGACAUGCCUUUGUCGCCGGAUGGUGAUGGAGCCAGCUCUUUCCACGGGUUUGUCAACAACCAAAAGCUAGUCGCUGUCAAAAUCAUCGAACAUGGACCUGCUGGAGGGGCCGAUGAGGGCCGACUGGAGGUGUCACUCAAGCGCGAAGUAGAAAUCUUGAAGUCGGUCAAUCAUCCGUCACUCGUCCAGCUAAAAGCAUUCGGCAGUGAUGAAAAGCGUGCUUUGUUAGUUUUGGACUAUUGCCCUGGUGGAGAUUUGUUUGAGUAUGCCACAUCAGGAGCUCCUCGCAUGUCAUCGGAGUUGAUCCGACGCAUUUUUGCCGAAUUGGUUGAUGCUGUGCGUUAUCUGCAUGCUCAUUACAUCGUUCACCGGGAUAUCAAGUUAGAAAAUGUUCUGCUUACCAUGCCUGCUCAUGUUAUGGAUGACGUGCAAGAUUGGCGUACCUACGACCGUGCCGUGGUCACCCUCAGUGAUCUCGGUCUGUCACGACGUAUCCCCGAACCUCCUGAGAGCCCUCUCCUGCAGACCCGGUGUGGUAGCGAAGACUACGCAGCCCCCGAGAUUCUAAUGGGUCAGGCCUACGAUGGCCGCGCCACUGACGCUUGGGCGCUUGGUGUUCUACUCUAUGCCAUCAUGGAGAAUCGGUUACCAUUUGAUGUUCUCCCUGGCACUCGCGGAGAUCCUGCCAAACUUCGUGCCCGGACUCCACAUCGUAUCGCACGUUGUGAAUGGGCUUGGUAUAGAUAUGCCGACGAGGAUGAGGAAUGGGACCCCGAGAAGGGCAAAGGACUUGAGGGAGCUCGUGACUGCGUGGAAGGUCUUCUCAAGCGCAACACGAAGCGCAAGACCCUUGAUGAGAUUGCUGCUAUGGAUUGGGUGCGUGAUGCUAUCGAUGUGCCUGGUGGUCUGAAACGAGGCGACAAAGAAGUACCAUAG